AUGGACAUGGACCUAGAAAUUGAACCCACGCUCCAAUCUGUCAUUCUGCACGAAACAUUGAAGUGGUUGUUUGUUGGAGGAAAAGGUGGUGUCGGUAAGACCACCACCUCGUCUUCGAUUGCAGUGCAAUUGGCGUUGGCAUACCCAAACGACCAAUUCUUGCUUAUCUCCACUGAUCCAGCACACAACUUGUCGGAUGCUUUUUGUCAGAAAUUCGGCAAGGAUGCCAGAAAAGUCGAGGGCUUGUCGAACCUCAGUUGUAUGGAAAUUGACCCCGAGGCUGCCAUGACAGACUUGCAAACGCAGGCACAACAGUAUAACAACGACCCCAACGAUCCUUUGAAGAGUAUGAUGAACGACAUGACGGGCUCUAUUCCCGGUAUUGACGAGGCAUUGUCGUUUAUGGAGGUGUUGAAACACAUCAAGAACCAGAAGGCUGGUGAGAACUCCAAUGCCAUUUCCUACAGAACCAUCAUUUUCGACACUGCGCCAACCGGCCACACGUUGCGUUUCUUGCAGCUUCCGGCCACUUUGGAGAAGUUGUUGAGCAAGUUCAAGGACCUCUCUGGUAAGUUGGGCCCCAUGUUGAAUAUGCUCGGGGGUGGCGGCGCCCAGAAGCAAGAUAUCUUUGAGAAGUUGAACGAAAUCCAAAAGAGUGUGAGCGAGGUCAACGAGCAAUUCACCAACCCCGACUUGACCACGUUCGUGUGUGUUUGCAUCUCUGAGUUCUUGUCUUUAUACGAGACCGAAAGAAUGAUCCAAGAGUUGAUGAGCUACAACAUGGACGUCAACUCCAUUGUUGUGAACCAGCUUCUUUUUGCUGAGGCUGACGACUGUAAGAGAUGUCACUCUCGUUGGAAGAUGCAGAAGAAGUACUUGGACCAGAUGGCCGAGUUGUACGAAGACUACCACUUGGUGAAGAUGCCAUUGCUAGGUAGUGAGAUCCGUGGUGUGGAGAACUUGAAGAAAUUCUCCAAGUACUUGUUGCAGCCUUAUGACCCUAAGGUUGACAACGGGUUGGUGUUUGAUUUGGAGGAGACUACUUAG